GGUUUCCGAAGCGGCAUUGUGAGCUUCGCAGGUACCAGUCACUUCGGUUUCCGACAUGCGCGAAUGCAUCAGCCUCCAUGUUGGACAAGCCGGAACCCAAAUGGGUAAUGCUUGUUGGGAGCUUUAUUGCUUGGAACAUGGCAUUUCUCCUGAAGGCACCUUCGGUUCGGAGCGCGCUGUAGAUGCAUCAGACGACUCAUUUACCACGUUCUUCAACGACACCGGAUCUGGUCGGCAUGUUCCAAGAGCGAUAUUUGUGGACUUAGAGCCAACAGUUGUCGAUGAGAUCCGAACCGGCACUUAUCGUAAACUAUUUCACCCAGAGCAGAUCAUUAGCGGGAAGGAAGAUGCAGCAAACAAUUACGCUCGCGGCCAUUAUACCGUCGGGAAAGAAGUAAUCGAUCAAGUCAUGGACCGGAUACGCAAACUGGCGGACCAGUGCGCCGGCCUCCAGGGUUUUCUAAUUUUCCACUCCUUUGGUGGUGGAACAGGCUCCGGUUUUACCUCGUUGUUGAUGGAACGUCUUUCUGUCGACUACGGCAAAAAAGCCAAGUUGGAAUUCGCCGUCUACCCUGCACCGUACAUCUCCACUGCCGUUGUCGAACCUUACAAUUCCAUCCUUACCACACACACAACCCUGGAACAUUCCGAUUGCGCUUUCAUGGUUGACAACGAGGCCAUCUACGACAUCUGUCGACGCAACCUAGCCAUUGACCGUCCGACAUACAGCAAUCUCAAUCGACUCAUUGGUCAAGUGGUGAGUUCCAUCACCGCUUCCCUUCGUUUCCAGGGUGCGCUCAACGUUGAUCUAAACGAAUUUCAGACGAACUUAGUUCCGUAUCCCCGUAUACACUUCCCAUUGUCUUCCUAUGCCCCUGUAAUCUCGGCAGAGAAGGCAUUCCACGAACAGCUCAACGUGGUCGAGAUAACCAACUCAUGUUUCGAGCCAGCCAACCAAAUGGUCAAAUGCGACCCACGUCGCGGCAAGUACAUGGCCUGCUGUCUACUUUACCGAGGGGAUGUCGUGCCCAAGGACGUCAAUGCUGCUAUCACACGCAUCAAAACACAGAAAUCCGUACAGUUUGUCGAUUGGUGCCCUACGGGCUUCAAGGUUGGCUUAAAUUACCAGCCCCCAACCGUUGUUCCUGGAGGGGAUUUGGCGAAAGUGCAACGUGCCCUAUGCAUGUUGAGCAACACGACAGCAAUAUCUGAGGCUUGGGCCCGGCUUGACCACAAGUUCGAUUUGAUGUACUCCAAGCGAGCCUUUGUUCACUGGUACGUGGGCGAGGGAAUGGAGGAAGGCGAAUUUUCCGAAGCUCGUGAAGACCUGGCUGCCCUUGAAAAGGACUACGAAGAGGUCGGUGCCGACAGUGUUGGCGAUGAUAUCGAUGAAGCAGAUUAUUAACCCAUGUUUUCUAUUAAAAUAUUAUUGGUUUCGCUU